AUGGAUAAUAACAAUAUAUUUCCAAAUAAAGAUAAAUUUAUAAAUGAAAAUGAAAUUGAAAAUCAAGAAAAUGAAAAUGAAAAUCUUGAUAAAUUUAAUGAAUUUAAAAAUAAAUUAUUAUUUUUUUCAAAUUUAAAAUCAAAAGAAAAAGAAUAUAAUAAGAUAAAGAGUAAUGUAUUAACCAAUUGGGAGAAUAUGAAAAGUGAAGAUAUCAUAUUAAAUGAUUUAUAUAAUGAAAGGAAUCAAUUAAUAUUAGAAUAUAAAAGAUAUGAAUCAAUUUUAAAGGAUGUUCAAAAUGAUAUAUUUAGAAUUGAAUCGAUAAUAGUUGAAUCUAAACAACAAAGAGAACAAUUUAAAAAACAAGUUUCAAUGCAAACUGAUAUUGAAUUAGUCCCAUUAAAAGAUGAAAUCGAUUCAAUGAGAAUUCAAAUUCAAUUACCACAAUUACCACCAAUUGAUUCAGAAAAAGAUAAGUUAACUUCAAAUUAUUUAACAAAUCGUUUAAAUGAAGAAAGAAUUAAACAACAACAACAACAACAAAAUAAAUUAAAUCAAUCUUCAAAUAAUAAUAAUAAUAAUUUUAUUGAUAAUAACAGUAAUAAUAGUGGUAGUGGGGGUAUAGAUUACCCUAAUAGUGGUUCUAAAAGAGGAAGAAAAAAGAGAAUAAGUUUAUCUUAA